AUGUCAGAGUUAGUAGCGCUCGUAACUGGCGCCGCCUCUGGCAUUGGACGAGCAGUGGCAAAUAAACUUGCUAGACGAGGGAUAUCUCUUCUGCUUGCCGAUCGCAAUCAAAACCAGGGUUCCGCCGCCGCCGACGAUAUAGCUCAGAAGUACCGUGUCCGCGCAAAAUUCCAGCGGGUAGAUGUUACUCAAGAAUCGGAGGUCAAACAGCUCGUGGCAGCCGCACUCGAAUUCACCGGGAGACUCGAUUACGCGGCCAAUUGCGCGGGUAUAUGCGAGACUGUAUGGGACGAAGAAGAGAGCAUCACUACAGAGCUGUUUGACAGAACACAUGCAGUCAACACCCGUGGGCUUUGGCUUUGUCAAAAAUACGAAGCACUGCAGAUGCGAUCACAGCAGCCAAGGAACGUCACAUUCGACCCUCCAAGCCCCGUCCCGAUCCCUGGCCAGCGAGGCUCAAUUGCCAAUGUAGUCUCGAUUUCCGGGUUACAUGCAAUUGGACUGGCGGCAUAUACACCAAGCAAAUAUGGUGCAGCAGCGGUCACCAAGAACGGGGCCAAGUUCUACGGCCCCAGUGGUAUCCGAGUGAAUGCAGUCUGUCCAGGCUGGACAAUGACAGCCAUGAUUGCCGAGAGUAUGGGUGAAGAAGGAAAAAUCGGAACGAAGGAGAAUGAUAACUCUCCUGUCAACCAGAAGAUUGGGUUGCGCCUUAUAUGA